CCGGGGGAAGGGUGCGGGGAGCCGGCGGGGCGGCUCGGGGCCGCCCGGGCGCCCUGGUCCCAGCCGCGCGCUGGAGAGCGCGGACCGCAGCUGGGGCUCAGCUGGAGGCACGAUUCGUCUGCUCCGGCCGCCCCUCGGCCUCCCUCCGCUCCCACCUACCCUCGACACUCGGAGAAAAGCGUGCGAAGGCGCCGAGAGUGACGGAAACCACAAAUAAAUAGCGGCGGCAGCAGCGCGUCAUCUGGCGGAGCAGGAAGUGCAGGCAGAGUCCGGAGGCUGGUGCUUUCUGCGCGUCCCCAGGACUUUGCCAUGGGCUGGGGGCCGCGGAGGCUGCGAGCUGCCGGGCCAGGACAGCGGCGGCGGCGUCCGCACCGCGGCUGAGCGAGCAGCGUCGCGCGGGGCGCGCGGAGAUGGCAGCGUCCAGCAACUCCAGCCUGUCCGGCUCCUCGGUGUCCUCCGAUGCUGAAGAAUACCAGCCUCCAAUAUGGAAAUCCUACUUAUAUCAGUUACAGCAAGAGGCCCCUCGUCCCAAGAGGAUCAUUUGUCCUGGGGAGGUGGAAAACAGACCAAAAUAUUAUGGAAGAGAGUUUCAUGGGAUCAUCUCCCGAGAGCAGGCAGAUGAGCUUCUUGGAGGCGUGGAGGGUGCCUACAUUCUUAGAGAAAGCCAGCGCCAGCCAGGGUGCUACACGUUAGCACUAAGGUUUGGAAACCAGACCUUAAACUACAGGCUCUUCUAUGAUGGAAAACACUUUGUGGGUGAGAAGAGGUUUGAAUCGAUUCACGAUCUGGUCACAGAUGGCUUGAUAACACUGUACAUAGAAACAAAAGCUUCUGAAUACAUUUCCAAAAUGACAACAAAUCCCAUCUAUGAACACAUUGGAUAUGCCACUUUACUCAGAGAAAAAGUAUCCAGGAGGCUGAGCAGGUCUAAAAACGAAUCAAGAAAAGCCAGCGUCACAAACGAAGAACACACAGCGGUUGAAAAGAUCUCCUCCCUGGUCCGAAGGGCCGCCCUCUCACACAACGACAACCACUUCAACUAUGAGAAGACACACAACUUUAAGGUCCACACAUUCCGAGGCCCGCACUGGUGUGAAUACUGCGCCAACUUCAUGUGGGGGCUUAUUGCCCAAGGAGUCCGAUGCUCAGACUGUGGAUUGAACGUACACAAACAGUGUUCCAAGCAUGUUCCCAAUGACUGCCAACCUGAUCUCAAGAGGAUCAAGAAGGUGUACUGUUGUGACCUGACAACACUCGUGAAGGCUCACAACAUGCAGAGACCCAUGGUGGUAGACAUAUGCAUUCGGGAAAUUGAAGCAAGAGGAUUAAAGUCAGAAGGGCUUUAUAGAGUUUCCGGGUUUACUGAACACAUCGAAGAUGUCAAAAUGGCAUUUGACAGAGAUGGUGAAAAGGCCGAUAUAUCUGCCAACAUCUAUCCAGACAUAAACAUCAUCACUGGAGCCCUUAAACUGUAUUUCAGAGACUUACCCAUUCCUGUCAUCACCUAUGAUACCUAUUCCAAAUUUAUAGACGCAGCAAAAAUCUCCAGUGCGGAUGAGAGGCUGGAAGCGGUCCACGACGUGCUGAUGCUGCUUCCUCCUGCCCACUAUGAGACCCUCCGGUACCUGAUGAUCCACCUAAAGAAGGUGACUCUGAAUGAAAAGGACAAUUUCAUGAAUGCUGAAAAUCUGGGGAUCGUAUUUGGGCCCACCCUGAUGAGGCCCCCUGAGGACAGUACCCUCACCACCCUCCAUGACAUGCGGUACCAAAAGCUGAUUGUGCAGAUUUUAAUAGAAAACGAAGAUGUUUUGUUUUAAUCCACCAGGGAAGUGAGCUGAAUGGCCCCAGCCCCCAUCUAAGUUGAUAAGGCUAAAGAAAUAAAAACAUCUUUUACACUUGAUUUGUUUUCCAAACAAGUGGUGGAAUUUCCUGGACCACAGAGGAUCGCCAUGUCGGCUAUUGUGUCUCAUAGACACUGGCCCGCUCCACAGGAGAACAGCAAGGAUGAGGGUGAGAAAAAGCCCUCGCCUGGGUCUUUGCUGUGCCUCGUAUGUCUGUUUUGCUGGAAGAGUGAUUAAUAAAUCUUUCUUUAACUUAUUAAAAAA